AUGAAAGCGGUGGCCCAAAACUGCCGGGGGCUUGGGAACCAGCCGGCGGUUAAUGGCCUUCUGGAGUUACAGAGGGCGGAAGAUCCCGACAUCCUCUUUUUGUCGGAAACAAAACUGAUAGAGAGGGAGAUGGAUCCGUUGAGAUGGAGACUUAAUAUGCCACAUAUGGUGGUGGUGGACAGCAAUAAAAGGAGUGGUGGCUUAGCAAUGUUCUGGAAGAAGGAGGUGAAUGUGAGCCUACGAUGGAAGGGAAGGUACCACAUUGAUGUGGAUGUGACGGAGCAAAAUGGCACAAAAUGGCGUCUGACCGGGAUAUAUGGGCCAGUAAAUAAUGACCUCCUCCAGUUCGUGCCCCAAUCUGUAUCAUCGACAAUGAACAACACUUUGAAUUUGCCGUAUACAGCGGAGGAGGUUAAGAAGGCACUUGACUCAAUUGGAGACCUGAAGGCGCCUGGACCAGAUGGGAUGACGGCUCUGUUCUAUAAAAAGUUUUGGCAUAUAUUGGGUGACAAGGUUCAGGCGGAGGUUCUUCAGGUCUUGAAUGGAGGGGACAUGCCACAAGGUUGGAAUGAGACGACAAUUGUUUUGAUUCCUAAAGUCAAGAACCCGGAGAGAAUAACAGAGUAUCGGCCGAUCAGCCUCUGUAAUGUCAUUUAUAAGCUAAUUUCCAAGGUCCUGGCCAACCGACUGAAGAUCCUUCUCCCAGAGAUCAUCUCUCCUUCACAAUCGGCGUUUGUGCCUGGACGUAUGAUCACGGAUAAUGUGCUACUUGCCUAUGAGAUAACACACCAUAUGCAUAGGAGGAAGGGGGGAAAGGAUGGACUGAUAGCGGUCAAACUCGACAUGAGCAAGGCAUAUGACAGGGUAGAGUGGCUUUUCUUGGAGAAGAUGAUGCAGCGGAUGGGUUUUAAUUCAAAUUGGGUGGAACUGAUCAUGACGUGUGUGCGGUCUGUCUCCUACCGAGUCAAGAUCAAUGGGAAAUUGACUGAUGCCUUUAAACCAGAGCGAGGUCUUCGUCAAGGGGACCCUCUGUCGCCGUACCUUUUUAUCCUCUGUGCCGAGGCUUUCUCCGCGAUGCUCCAACAUGCGGAGGUGAAUGGCACUUUGGAAGGUAUUCAACUUUGCCCAGCGGCGCCGAGGGUAAACCAUCUCUUUUUCGCAGACGAUUCACUCAUUGUUAUGAAGGCCACGGUGGCGAGUGCACAGAAACUGCAGCAGAUUCUAGCACUUUAUGAGGCACAGUCGGGUCAGAUGAUAAACAAGGAGAAGAGUUCGGCGUUUUUCAGCAAGGGCACUAGGCAUCGAACAAAGAGGGCUGUUUUGAAUGUACUAGGCAUACCAAGGGAGUCACAGAAUCAAAGAUAUCUGGGUCUACCUGUUCAUCUAGGGGCAUCAAAGAAGAAGGAAUUUGAGUACAUAAAGGAGAAAAUUUGGAGACGAAUUCAGGGCUGGAAGGAGAAACUUCUCUCCAGGGCGGGCAAAGAGAUACUCAUCAAGGCUAUCGCACAGGCCAUCCCCACCUACGCGAUGUCAUGUUUCGAUCUGACCAAAGCGCUGUGCGAGGAAAUCAGCACUAUGAUUUGCCGCUAUUGGUGGGAUCAACAGGAGGGACAGAAUAAAUGUCAUUGGCUGAGUUGGGACAAACUGUCGAGCAACAAGCGAUCCGGGGGACUGGGGUUCCGAGAUUUACACAUCUUUAAUCUCGCCAUGCUGGCGAGGCAGAGUUGGCGUCUGCUCAAGUGCCCGGAUUCUUUGUGUGCAACAAUCCUAAAAGCGAAGUACUUCCCGCAGUGCUCCAUCCUAGAGGCAACGCCAAAGCAAGGAAUGUCAUAUACGUGGCGAAGUAUCCUGAAGGGCUGUCAGUUGAUGAAGGAGGGGCUUGUAUGGAGAGUGGGGAAUGGUGAAUCUAUCGCAGUCUGGAAUGAUCCCUGGAUUCCGAGGGGCACAACACGGCGGCCCAGCUCUCCACGUGGUCAGUCCAUCAUCACAAAAGUCAGCGACUUGAUAAACCCUGUGACGGAUCAAUGGGACGAAGACCUCCUCCGCGAUCAUUUCAACAUGGAGGACGUCAGAGACAUCCUGAUGAUUCCUAUCAGGCCGGAGAUGCAGGAUGUACUUGCGUGGCACUAUGAGAAGAAAGGGAUACUGUCAGUAAAAUCUGCAUAUCAGCUGGGGGUUGCCGUCCGCGACGAGGAUCUGAGCCGCAAUGCAAGUUCCUCCUCAAACUCCCUGGACCAAAGCCAGACCUGGAAGAGCAUUUGGAGCCAGAAGCUGCCGGGGAAGGUUCUCAUCUUCCUGUGGAGGUUUACUCAUAACAGCCUCCCAACAAAGCUCAAUAUAAAGCGGAAAAGAGUGGAGCUCGAUACACGGUGCCCUGUGUGUUGGCGGCUAGAUGAAGACGGCGGCCAUACCUUUCUCCGGUGCAAAGCUGUAAAGCAAGUCUGGCGAGCCCUUGACUGCGAGGAUCUACGUUUGUCGUUGUGCGAAUGCGCCAAUGCAAGACAGGUGACGGACCAUAUCCUUUCGCUGCCUACGGAGAAAAGAUCGACUGUGAUCAUCCUGCUAUGGACCUGGUGGACAACGAGGAACAAAGCGAACGCCGGGGAGAAACUUCUCUCGUCAGACGAAGUCUCCUCGAAAGUCCGCAGAUACCUUGUGGAGUUCUGUAGCAAGGAGGAGAAUGGCCAGGAGGCGCACGCAGUGGAGGGCAGAUGGGAACCACCUGAAGCUAACUUCAUCAAAGUGAACGUUGAUGCCGCUUUUUGUCAGGAGUCACGUCUGGGCGCAUGGGGCUUCAUUGCACGAGGGAGCGAGGGGAACUUUAUAGCGGCUGGAACGGGAUGCAUGAACAAUCUGUCGAGUGCCCUUCACGCGGAGGCAUUGGCGUGUGUGGCAGCUAUUGAGAGCAUGAGUAACAGAGGCUCUUUCCGGGUGAUUUUCGAGUCCGACUCCCUCGGCCUGGUAAACGCUCUGAAGUCUGGAGAUGCUGAUCUGUCCGAUCUAGGUGUGCUAUACCGUGAAGCUAGAAGCCUUUGUGUUUUAGCUUUCAAUGCUUUUGAGUUUAAGUUUUGCCGUAGAUCAUGUAAUAAGGCUGCCCAUGCAAUAGCUCAGCAUGGCAGAUCCCUAGGCGUGCAAAACUUACUAUGGCUGGAGGAUGAGCCAGAAUUUGUAACCGGUUUGGUUGCUAGCGAUCUUGCUAUGCACCAGGUUUAG